GCAGCGCGGAGCCCAACAGCGCGCACACGGCGAAGGAGAGCCGCACAAAUGGAGCUCUUUACGGGAAUUGGAUCUUUACUUUUCAUCUCUCUACUGAUCAACGGCAUUUUCAUCACAAUUCAGACCAAUGAAGAGGUUCUCCUGGACAUGCGGGCCACAGGAGUGGACCUGGGCUGGCUCACUUGGCCCUUAGACCAGGGAGACAAGCCGGGGUGGGAAGUGGUGCAACGGACUCUAAAUGGUUCCCAGUUCUACACAUACUCAGUGUGCAAUGUGGGAGAGCGUGAACAGGACAACUGGCUUCGAACCACCUUCAUCCAGAGACGACCUUCGGCCUCACGGGUUUUUGUGGAGCUCCAGUUCAUCGUAAGAGACUGCAACUCGUUUGAUGGUGCAUCAUUGACCUGCAAAGAAACCUUCAAUCUCUUUGCUUCUGAGGCGGAUGCAGAUGUCGGCACCACAUUCAGAAAAGGACAAUUUAAGAAAGUAGCCACUAUUGCCCCAGAUGAGAUCACAAGCAAAAACGAACUACGUAUCAACACUGAAACAAGAGUGGUGGAGAACCUGUCAAGGAAAGGUUUUUACUUAGCUUUUCAAGAUAUUGGAGCUUGUGUGGCUCUACUCUCAGUUCGAGUUUAUUACAAGACGUGUCCAACUACGAUCAAGAGUCUUGCAUCUUUCCCAGAAACUGUGGCAGGAGGAGAGAAUCAAGCUUUGAGAGAAGUCAUAGGUGAAUGCGUGGAUAAUGCUGUAAGCGAGGAGCAGCCUCGGAUUUACUGCACCGUGGAUGGUGAAUGGGUUGUACCUGUUGGACAAUGCCAGUGUAAACCUGGCUAUGAAGAAGUCGGAAAUGAGUGCAAAGAAUGUCCACAAGGCUUCUUCAAACCAACUGCAUCUGGGGAUAAGUGCCAGCCGUGUCCCGCCAACACCGAGAAGCAAGGGACAGGAGCAGCCACCUGCCCCUGUCUCGAGGGCUUCUACAGGGCACCCACCGACUCAGAGAUGGACCCCUGCUCAGGCCUCCCCUCAGCACCACGGGACCUUGUGGCCAGUACCACCCAGUUGUCUGCCGGGAAGCUGCUGCUGUCCUGGAGCCCCCCCGAGGACACUGGGGGGCGCUCUGACAUCACCUACAGUGUGGAGUGCCAGCGCUGUGACGGGCUUGUGUGCCAGCCCUGUGGAGAGAAGAUCCGCUAUGAUCCAGCCAGUACAGGGCUGACCGACACCCGCGUGUCUGUGAGCGAGCUGGACGCACACCUCAACUACACCUUCAGUGUGGAGGCUCAUAGUGGUGUGUCUGUGUACGCACAGCAGCUGCCCUCCACCUCUGCCCUCACCACCUCCCUGCACUACACAGAGCCUCCAAAGAUCACCACGAUGAGACUGGUUGAGAGGACGCCCACCAGCCUAUCCCUGUCCUGGGCAGUGUCCCCCAAAGCACGAAGCCCACUGCGCGCCUUCCGCUACGAGCUCAUGUACCGCAAGAAUGAUGCAAACUCUGAUGUAACCACAUACACAGUCCUGAUCCUGGAGAAGGACUCGGUGCAGAUCAGUGACCUGGCCCCAGGGACAGCCUACCUGUUCAGAGUGCAGGCAGUGGGGUCUGAUGGCAGCCACGGCUCCAGCAUGGAAGAGCAGUUUGAGACCUCUUCUGAAGUAGACUCCCUCACCACCAGUAACACCGCAGUCAUCUUUGGUGCGGCACUGGGAGGAGCCGCCAUGUUGUUCAUCGUUGCUGUGGUGGUGUUCCUGCGCAGACGAAAGAGAGGCUCUCACGUGAGACAGGGACCGGAGGACACAUACUUCUCUAGUCCAGAACAACUGAAGCCACUGAAGACCUACGUGGACCCUCACACCUAUGAAGACCCCAACACAGCCGUCAUGAAGUUUGCCACAGAAAUCCACCCCAACCACAUUACCAAGCAGAAGGUGAUCGGAGCUGGUGAGUUUGGUGAGGUGUACCGUGGAAACCUAAAGGUGCCCGGGAGGAAGGAGGUGGCCGUGGCUAUAAAGACUCUCAAACCAGGCUACAGUGAGAAGCAGAGGCAGGACUUCCUGAGUGAGGCCUCCAUCAUGGGACAGUUCUCACACCAGAACAUCAUUCGUCUGGAGGGGGUGGUCACUAAAUUCAAACAUGCCAUGAUCGUCACAGAGUAUAUGGAGAAUGGAGCUCUGGACCGCUUCCUCAGGGACCACGAUGGAGAGUUCUCGUCAUUUCAGCUGGUGGGCAUGCUCCGUGGGAUCGCUGCAGGGAUGAAGUACCUGUCUGACAUGAGUUACGUGCACAGGGACCUAGCAGCACGUAACAUCCUGGUCAACAACACGAUGGAGUGUAAGGUGUCCGACUUCGGCCUGUCCCGAGUGCUGGAGGAUGACCCAGAAGGAACCUAUACCACCAGCGGGGGCAAGAUUCCCAUCCGCUGGACAGCCCCAGAGGCCAUCGCCUACAGGAAGUUUACUUCAGCCAGUGACGUGUGGAGCUUUGGGAUCGUCAUGUGGGAGGUGAUGGCAUUUGGAGAGAGGCCGUACUGGGACAUGAGCAACCAUGAGGUGAUGAAAGCUAUAAACGAGGCCUUCCGUCUGCCCGCGCCCAUGGACUGCCCCUCGGCAGUGUACCAGCUCAUGCUCCAGUGCUGGCUCCAGGACCGAUCCAAGAGGCCCAAGUUCGGAGAUAUCGUCCCCCUGCUGGACAAGUUGCUGCGGAGCCCCGACUCCCUGAAGACCAUCGCAGACUUUGACCCACGCGUAUCCAUCCGCCUGCCCAGCACCAGUGGCUCAGAUGGCUCCCCCUUCAGAUCGGUGCCAGAAUGGCUGGAGUCCAUCAAGAUGAGCCAGUACAGCGAGAAUUUCAACCGCGCCGGAGUGGUCACCAUGGACCAGGUUCUGCAGAUGAAGAACGAGGACAUUAAAAACAUCGGUGUGCGUCUGCCAGGGCAUUUGAAACGAAUCGCCUACAGCAUCCUGGGCCUGAAGGACCAGACCAGCACCCUGAGCGUGUUCGCCGUGUGACCCAACCUAUACACGGAUUAUACUCUUUGACCUUUGACCCUCUGAACUCUGAGCUGGCGCUAAAGGCAUGGAGGGACUGAACCAGCAGACACUACCUGGAGCUCACAUCGGAACACAAAUACCCAGCAAUAAUGUCCCACGUAGCCUUCCAAUUUGUAGAUAUCAUUUUAUUAUUCACUUUCUUAUCCAUACAUACACUGCUUUUGUUCCUUUUUGACCCUCCUGGAGCCGAUAGUGGGGAUGACAGGCCACGCCCAGCAUCAGUAAAGCUCUAAACUGGCACUUUGGACCACUUCCUGUCAGCCCAAAUAUGGAUGCAGCGGGCGACACAGCUGCGGUAAGCUAGGGCUGGUCCAGGUGUGAACUCGUGGACUGGAGUGGGACUGGCCUGCUACCGAUAUUAAGCUAAAUCAUAUAAUAGUUGUUAUAUGAAAAAAAAAAAAGACUUUGUGGUACUUGUGUGUAUAUAUACUGUAUACUCUAUGCUUUAGUUCCUGUUUUGGGCAGUUACCAAAUAUUUCUUGAUGUAGCACUUAGUUCAAUAUUCACUUAAAAAAAAAAAAAGAAAUUUCAAUUUUGAAUCUAGUGCUGUGUGCUGUUGUGUGGAGAAAAAAUAUGCUGAGGUUAUUCAAUACAAUUCAAGUCAAUGUAAAACCAGUCUUAAUGUUGCCAUUAUAAUUCAUCAAAUGUUAAUAUUUACCUAUCUGCCUUAAAGAAGAAAUCACUUUUUAAAAUUUAUAGAAAAAUAUUUGCUGUUUUCUAAUAGCCAAAUCUUAAUUCUUUAACUUGCAAAUUGAGGGCUGGUCUGAUUUUUGUGCCUGUUUACUUUGCAAAACUAGCCCUAUAGUUUGCAUAAUGGCAUUUAUAUAAUUUCAUACCAAGUUGAGUUGCUUAAAUUUUUUUGUGAAAUUGAUGUUUCCGAUUGCAUUUGAAACUAAAGUGCCUGCGUGUGUGUUGCGUGACAAUUAAAGUGCUCUUAAUGAUGACUGCAAACCUCUGUGUUACUGAUCUACUUGAAUAUGCCUCUCCUCCUCUCAUGUACCUGACAGAUCCACAUUUGGAAAAGGGAUAUUUUACUCUGUCCGCAGAUGAUUUUUGUACAUUUGUCUGAUUCUCAAAUUAUUUUUGUAUCUGCUCGAGUUGUGCUGCCUUUUCUGAAAUCUGGGGAGCUCUUUUUCCCCUCCUUCCAUUUUUUACCAUAUUUAAUAGUAUUUAUUUUGUACUUUUAUUUAUUUACUCUGUUGAACACUGAGCUGGGAUUAUAAUUGAAGGCUGUUCUCUUCUUAAUAAAACUGUCUAAAACAA